AUGACCUACAAAGACAGUGUUUCAGUCGCCAUCAUUGGUGGUGGAAUUGCUGGGAUGACACUCGCCAACAUCUUAGAACAGGCAGGUAUCUCAUACAUUCUUUGGGAAGCCUACCAUCAAGUUGCACCCCCGGCUGGCGCCAGUGUUGGACUAAUGCCAAACGGUCUACGGGUUCUCGAUCAGAUCGGGAUUCUCGAUGAGGUUGAGCACUAUAUGGUUCCUCAUGUGGAUUGGGAGCAUCGCGAUGGCGAUGGCACCCUGUACUGCACCCAGAGCGCAUUGCGAUUGUUACCGAAGGCGCUCGGAUAUAGCACUAUCUUUAUGGAGAGGCAGCGACUUCUCGAGAUAUUAUUCGACAACAUCCGGGAUAAGACAACCGUCUGUACCGGAAAGCGCGUGUCUCUAGUAGAGAACUUCGACACGCAUGCUCUAGUAACCGCCACGGAUGGAACGCAGGUACGCUGCCAGUUCGUUGCCGGAGCCGAUGGCGUUCACAGCGUGGUCCGACAAGCAAUUGAGGCUGCAUGCCUUGCUGACCUUAGGAUUCCAGAAGAUUACUUUGCAACCAAGAUCUCUUGUGUCUACGGCAUCUCAGACCCACUUCCACCAUCGUCCCGUAUCACUGCCGGCCGGAACUUUACCAUCUACCAAGCCUCAUCCUCGCUCUUGCUUUUCACUGGUCGAAACGGGGUUAUCUAUUGGUUUAUCUUCUCCUCUCUGGAUACCACGAUUCCGUACAGCGAGACCAAGCGUUAUGGAGAUGGUGACAUCGAAGUGGCUUUUGCCAGGGUCGCUCACAUUCGUGUCACACCAGCCGUGACCUUCGCUGAAGUAUUCCGUAACCGACGCACCGCUGUCAUGACGCCACUUGAGGAAGGUAUAGCACUACGUUGGGCAGCCGGUCGCAUGGUGCUGAUGGGCGACGCAGCACACAAGAUGGUGCCUCACGCAGCCAUGGGUGCCAACCAGGCCAUGGAGUCGGCCGCCUGUUUCGCCAGCCGCCUACUAGAACUGCGCGCACAACUUGGCGGUUGCAAUAUAUCCGCUGAUUUGCCGCCUUUGGUCUCUCCUGUGCUGGUCGAAGCGUGCCUGGAGGGCUAUGUCCAGAAAAGGAAGCCUCGUAUAGAGCACGUCGUGAAGGGUGCGAGUCUCUCGUGCCGCAUACAGCUUAAAAUAGGGGAUGCUGCGCAGAAGCAUAUUCCUAGGCUGCCUAGCUUGGGGGAUGAGCGGUGGUUGGAGGAACUCCUCAAAAUGCUGUACAAGGCUGAGAAGAUUGAACCUUGGGAUGUGGACAGUGAGCGUAUGCGGUACUACUCUGAACAGGCCCAGAAGAGAUGUGGCAGUGUGAAGCGGAUCUUGGACAAUUGCUGA